AUGUCAUCCAGUCAGCUCGUCGAUUGUCCUAUCUGUAGCAAGCCCGUCAAGGAGCUGAAUAUCAAUCGACAUAUCGAUUCUGGUUGUGAGUCUUUCAUCGACGACUCGCCUCCGACAACCCAGCAAAAUGCACCACCCAAACCCACUCAAGUCGCCAACUUCUUUCAAACUCCGGCUGCCAAGCGCAGUCAAACAGUCCCUGCCUCUACACAGGCUGUGAAUGGUGCUGCGACUUCAAAGCCAACUGAAACCCCGAGCGCGACUCCAAAAAGACCUCUAGAAGACCUCAAAGACGAAGACAACCCUCAGCCCUUACCCAAGAGAUCCAAGAAUGUCAAUCUGGAAAAGGCUGCCCCUUUGGCCGAGAGAAUGCGACCGCAAUCUUUAGACGAUGUCCAAGGUCAAGAACUCGUAGGACCAAAAGGUGUCUUGCGUUCCUUGAUUGAGACUGAUCGCGUGCCUUCCAUGGUGCUAUGGGGCGGACCAGGAACUGGCAAGACAACAAUUGCUCGAUUGAUAGCCAAGACUGCAGGGAACCGCUUUGUCGAGAUCAACAGUACUUCUUCUGGUGUUGGUGAGUGCAAGAAGCUAUUUGCAGAAGCUCGUAAUGAGCUUUCUCUCACUGGUCGAAGAACCAUCAUCUUCUGCGAUGAGAUUCAUCGUUUCAGCAAAAGUCAGCAGGAUGUAUUCUUGGCCCCUGUAGAGAGCGGCGUCAUCACCUUGAUCGGGGCAACUACUGAGAAUCCGAGUUUCAAGGUCAUAAAUGCUCUUCUGUCAAGAUGCCGUACCUUCACCCUUGCCAAACUAGAUGACGAGCACAUCACAAGCAUUCUGAAACGUGCUCUGACUCUUGAACCCCCUAAAACACAGCAUGGAGCAGACUUGUUGGAAUCAGACGACCACGCACUGCUGCGUUAUCUUGCUAGCUUCGCAGACGGGGAUGCGCGAACAGCACUAAACCUCCUUUCUCUUGCUUUGGACCUGUCAACCGAUCCGGAAACCACCAUCGAGACUGUCAAAGAAAACUUGACACGAACUCUGGUAUACGAUCGUCAAGGAGACCAGCAUUAUGACACCAUCAGCGCCUUCCACAAGAGCGUUAGAGGCAGUAAUCCAGACGCAGCUCUCUACUAUCUUGCCAGGAUGUUGCAGUCUGGUGAGGAUCCGGUCUACAUAGCGAGGCGCAUGGUAGUCAUGGCUAGUGAGGACAUUGGCCUCGCAGACAACUCAUUACUAUCACUGGCGACGGCGGCCUACACUGCGGCUAAGGAGAUUGGUAUGCCAGAGUGUCGCAUAUGUCUUGCCCACGCAGCAGUCGCUCUUGCUGAAGCCCCAAAGUCUACGCGCUCCUAUCGAGGUCUCAAUGCUGCAUAUGCUGCCUUGUCGGAACCUGGAAUUGCGGGACUGCCUAUACCAGUUCAUCUUCGUAACGCUCCUACGAGAUUGAUGAAGGAACUAGGUUAUGGCAAGGAAUACAAAUACAAUCCGGACUACAAGAACGGAAGGGUCCAGCAAGAAUACUUUCCCGACAAGCUGCAAGGUAAAGUCUUUCUCACAGAAAAUCACCUCGGCGAUAAAGUCGACCCCGACCUUCCUUCAGAAGAGGUGGAGGAGCGGAGCGAAGAAGAUGACAAUGGCGAGGAGCGCAUACUCAACCCUGAUGGAGGAUGA